AUGAAAGAAAAGUCAAAGAAUGCAGCACGAAGUCGACGCGAAAAAGAAAAUGCUGAAUUUUUCGAAUUGGCUAAACUUCUACCAUUACCACAUGCAAUUACUGAUCAAUUGGAUAAAGCAUCUGUUAUACGUCUUACAACAAGCUAUCUUAAAAUGCGUGCAAUCAUACCCGAAGGACUUGGUAGUGCAUGGGGCUCACGUUCACUGACGCAAACAGCCAUUGAACGUGAAGUUAAUUCUCAAUUAACUCAAAUUCUCGAUGGGUUUUUAUUUGUUGUUGGUCCUGAUGGAAAAAUUAUGUAUAUAUCUGAAACAGCAUCAACACAUUUAGGUUUAUCACAAGUUGAAUUAACUGGAAAUUCUAUUUAUGAAUAUAUUCAUCCAAUCGAUCAUGAAGAAAUGGCUGCUGUGCUAACAGCACCAUUACCAACAUAUAAUCAAAGCUUAUGUUCAAAUAGUGAAUAUGAAAUUGAACGUUCAUUUUUCAUACGCAUGAAAUGUGUGCUGGCUAAACGUAAUGCUGGUUUAACAGCAAGCGGUUUUAAAGUUAUACAUUGUUCGGGUUAUUUAAAAGUCAAACAAUUUAAUCUGGAAACAUUAUCAUAUUAUGGAUCUACGACCAGCGUAAAUAAUACGGAAAAUUGCUAUCAAAAUGUUGGUCUUGUUGCCUAUGGUUAUUCUUUGCCAAGUUGUUCAAUAACAGAAAUACGUCUUUAUUCCAAUAUUUUUAUGUUUCGAGCUGGACAAGAUUUAAAAUUAUUAUUUCUUGAUUCGAGAGUAUCACAAAUAACCGGAUAUGAACCACAAGACCUUGUUGAUAAAACUUUGUAUCAUUAUGUACAUACGCAAGAUUUAAUGGCAUUAAGAUGGGCUCAUCAAGUUUUACUUACUAAAGGACAAGUGACAACACGAUAUUAUCGUUUCUUAACGAGAAAUGGCGGUUGGAUAUGGAUACAAAGUUAUGCCACACUUGUUCAUAAUAGUCGAUCAUCACGACCCGAAGUUAUUGUUAGUGUCAAUCAUGCAUUAAGUGACGUCGAAGCUAAACAUCUAAAAUUAUCAGUCGAUCAAGUUGAAAAAACUCCAUCUGACUAUAUGCGUUCAGCUCAAGCAUUAGCAACAUUAGCAGCUAAUUCAGGUGACCCUGAUAAAUGCUCAUCAACAAAUACAAGUUUAAAUUCCUCAUCAUCAUCAACAUCAAAUAGAAAUUCUGCGAAUAAAGUUCUUAAGCCAACUCGUUCGAUAAAACAACGUAAAUCUUCACCUAGACUAAUGACAAAAGCUGAAAUACUCUCAUCUCCCACAACUAUGGAUGAUUACUCAUCAACACCGACUGGCAUAUGUUAUAAUCCUGACGAAAUUUAUUAUAAUUCUCAUCAUCCUCAUCAUUCUCAACCGAAUUAUCCAAACAUUGCAACUUAUACAUCUUCAAAUAAUUAUACACAUCCAUUAUGUUUUCCAACAUAUUCAAAUCUAGACGACGAUAAUAAAUCGCCAUCGUCUUAUUCCUCAUUGCCAAUAUAUAAUUCAAUGUACUAUGACCAACCACAAUCAAAUGAUUAUAAUUUACUAUCACCGAAAAUGAUUCCUCCCAAACAAACACAACAACAUCAAAUGAUGUUAAAUAAAAAGAAACAACUUUUACCACAACAACAGCAACAACAGCAGCAGCAGCAUCAACAGCAACACACUCUUAAACGAGGCUCCUCAUAUGAUACUUUAGCAUUAUGUGACGUAAAUAAACGAAUUCGUCUUGAUAAUGAAUCUCAUCAUCAUCACCAUCAUCUAUCUGAUAUUGAUUAUGAAACAAAUCUACCGUCUGAUAAAAUUGACCUGUAUCCAUCAAUGAAUAAUUGUUAUACAUCAACAAAUUAUCCAACAGAACAUCCGUACCACCAUACGUCGGUGAUUGUCGACAGUCAACAGUAUUUUCUCAAUGGAUGGAACGGAGCUGCUGCUUUCUAA